AUGCCUAGUGAACAAGAAAGUUUAAAGGGUAGUGAAACAAAUUUAGGUCAAGAACAAUCGAAAGAGAACAAUUCAAGAAGAAGUUUCAGUAUUGAUAAAAGUGACGAUAGUUCGGAAUUGAGUGAAUUAGACGACGAUCAAUCAGAAGCUGAAACCGAUAAAAUGGAUUUUUUAAGACCAGAGAAUUCAAGUAAUGAAAAUGUUUCUGACUUGAACACGUUAUCAAAAUUAACAGAAUUGGCUAGAUUACAAGAAAUAGAUAGCGAUUUUGAUGAUAAUGAACAGGAAAAUGGGAACAUACCAAUCAAUGGAAAUGACAACAAUAUUGAGAAUAGCAACGGAGUUGAUUCGGAAUCUCAAGCUAUCAAGGAGGGAAAUGGAACAGCUGUAGAUGAAGAGAACGAUACCAUGAAAGAAUCAAGAAGAAUUAUUUCUGAAGACUCCAGGAAAUCCAAGAAAAUCAAAUUGGACAUAGUUGACGAAGCAUUGGAUGCUGAUGGGGAGAGUGAAGCAGAAAGUGAUAAUGAAAUUGCAGCUGAACCAUUGUCUUACCCAAGCAAGACUGAGGAGACUGCUGAAGAACAUGAAGAGCAACAUGAUGAACCUGACAAUGAUAAUGAGCCUGACCAUGACGAUGAAAAUGAAGACGAAAACGAACCCGAUCAUGAAGAAGAACAUGAAGAAGAACAUGAAGAAGAACAUGAAGAAGAACAUGAGGAAGACCACGAAGAUGAGAACGAAGAAGAACAUGACACCAAAAUCACCAACGGAGAAACCAAAGCUAACGGGGAUGUUUCUGACUCCGAAGAUGAUGAUUUAAAUAAGCAAAGGCAAUUGGCAGUCGAAGAAUUGAUAGAGAUUGAACAAUCAUUUGUUGAUAUAAGAGACAAAUUGUUCCAAGAUAAACUCAAAAAUUUGGAACAUGAAUUACAGUUAUGCUUGGAUGGUUCACAUCCAGAAUUAGCAAAAAUCUAUUAUAAGAUUAAUGGAUUCUAUCAAGAUAGUCUCCGAUUGGCCAAUAACACUUUGACUUAUAGGUUGAAAUGUAUCAAUAGCGAGACAAUCGCCACUAGAACUUCAAUUCAUCAGGAUUUCCUCAAACAUUUGAUGGAUGGUAAAAAUGAGAUGAUACUGAACACUACUUCUCAAUGGUAUAAGAUCAACAAAGAGAGAAAUCAAAUGGAUCAAUUGGUGCCAGAUUAUGCUUUCACUGCCGUUCCAGAACGCCAUGAAGAGCCUGCUGCCAAUACAGCCAAUGGUUUCGGAUCAGCCAAUGGAUCCAAUACAAAUAAUGGUAAUGGAUUUACCGAAACAUCACCACACCCUGAACCGUUAUCUAAGAAAGCUAUCAAACAACAGAAAUUGGUGGACUCCGUACAAAACAGAAAUAAUUUGAAUCAACAAUUAGGAAUACUAAACAGUCUAGUCCAAUUCCAUGGUAUUCCUUCAGCUGUUAAUCUUUCAGAUAAUGAUAACCUGUUACACGAGUUAUUACUAACUAAAGCUAAUGAUGAUGAAAUAGCCGAAGAUUUGGCAGCCAUGGGAAUCCCCAUUUAA